AUGCGAACGUCCAGGAUCUCUCAAGAAACCACCAGGAUAUUCAACGCUCUCUCCCCCAAUGCACGUGCCGGUCGAACGACGAGAAGUGCGAAACGAAUCGCUUCCUUUGCCGUGGGACGCAAUGAAGAUGUCGAAGUGAAAGAAGAAGAGACGGAAAGAUCCUCAGAUGGAGAAGAUACAGAGGUCAGUCAGACACCAGACAUCGAGGAUGUCUUGAGCACAUCAAUCCAUCCGAAUCGAAAGAGGAAGUUGGGCGCUGAUUCACCUGUCGCUGCGACGGUGGUUACAACGACGGAGGAGACAACCUGGACAUCACCUCGUGAGAUCAAAGCAGAGAAUGAGGACGAAGAGGAAUCAUCAACACCGCCCAGUGGUCGCACCACAGCCAAACCCAAAAUUCCCGCUCGGAAAACGACUUCGCCGUCAGGAGCAGUUCACAUCAUUCCUCCUUCAAAUUGGUCUGAGAUAUACGACACGAUCAAAGCCAUGCGGCAACGAAACCCAACGGCGCCCGUCGACACAAUGGGGUGCGAAGAACUGUUCUGGCACGCGGCGCCGCCACGGGAGAAAAGAUACCACACGCUGACGGCGUUGAUGCUGUCGUCGCAGACCAAGGACACCGUCACGGCGGCCGCCAUGCAUCGACUCCAUACGGAGCUGGUUCCCCAGCAACCUGCGACCGAGGGCAGAGAGCAGCAGUCGUCGCUCACGGUCGAGAACAUCAUCGCCUGCGACCCAAAGCACCUGGACGAAUUGAUUGGGAAAGUCGGUUUUCACAACAAUAAAACAAAGUACAUCAAGCAGGCAGCGACGAUUUUGAAACAGGAAUACAAUUCUGACAUCCCCGAUACGAUCGAGGGUUUGGUUCGGCUUCCUGGGGUGGGUCCUAAGAUGGCGUACCUGUGCAUGUCUGCGGCAUGGGGUGUGGACCAAGGUAUUGGAGUGGAUGUGCAUGUGCAUCGCAUCACGAAUCUUUGGGGUUGGCAUAAGACUAAGACGCCUGAGGAGACGAGGAUGUGGCUGGAAGGCUGGCUGCCCAGGGAUCGAUGGCAUGAGAUCAACAAGAUGCUCGUUGGUUUGGGGCAGACGGUGUGUUUGCCUGUUGGGAGAAGAUGUGGAGAGUGUGACCUCGCUGGCACGGGGCUGUGUAAGGGGGAGAUCAAGGGGUGGAAGGCGACGGAGAGGCGGGUCAGGAAGGAGAAAAGGGAGGUGGAGAUUGAGGAUGGGAUUGAACUGGUGAAGAAGGAAGAAAAGCAGAAGAUGAAGACGGCGGUAAAGGAAGAGCUGCUGGAUUCGGAUGCGUGA